AUGACCUUAGAGGAGGAUGAGCGUGUUAGAGAACUUCUUGGAAACCAUGUCCCACAAGAUGAAGCUAAGCUGUUGAGCAAUGGGAGAUUUACCUGCCUGAUUUGUAUUCAUCGACCAAUUUUUGACACAAGUAUGCUUGCAAACCAUUGAAGAGGGAAACGACAUUUAUUUGAAGUCAGCAAACAUAUACAAUGUAGAGAAGAGGCUGAGAGAAAAGCAAUCCUAGAGAAGGAAAUGAAGUCACUUUUGGGGUGCAAACGUGUGGAAGCUAAACAUGUAGGCCUAUUAAAAUAUCAAAGGAAACAAAUUUUAGAUACAGGAAAAGCUUCUAGAACCAAACUAUCUGUUCAUUCUGGUCCGAAUAGUACAGAUAAGCAAGUUUCAACCACAGUGAAACAUUACCUGAAAAAAAUGACUUGCAAAACUUCCUUGGAGAAAAUUGUGGAGAGGAAUCGAGAAAACCAUGGGAUUGAUUUACAAAAGAAUAGUCAUGAAUCGUGUUUAAAAGAAAGGUUGACCGAUUCUAAACCUGUAAUGACACAUCCAGCAGAAUCAACCGCAUCAAGAUCUGAAAUCCAAGAAUAUGAAAGCAAGCUUCGUAUGUCAGGAUGGAUCAAAGAUGCGACAGGGAAAUGGAUUAAAGAUCCGAAUGUGGAGUUCGACAGUGAUGAAGAUGAUAUACCUCCUCCCCUUAUUUAA